AUGUCGAAUGUCAAUGGCGUUAUAACCGCCAUUCCUCCACCUCAUGGCUAUGAGGUCAACUUUGCGAACCCGCAGAGAAGGCUGCUCACAGAAGCCUAUGUCAUCUUCACAAUCGAGAACAUCCUAGCGCUUAUGUUCCUUGGGCAGCGGCUUUAUACCAAAGUUCGUCUCAUGAAGCAGUUCCAGAUUGACGACGCCUUGGUUAUUCUCGGUUGGGCCUGCUCGGUGGGAACCCAGGGUGUUUUGAUCACUGGUUUCUCCACCGGCAGCAUGGGCGUACACGCCUGGGAGAUUCCAAUUGAGAAGUACGCCUUUUACUCACGGCUCAUUCUCGCCGCCCCACUGGUUUAUGCACCUUGCUGCGCCUUGACAAAGAUCACGCUCUGUAUCUUUUACAGUCGCCUCUCUCCAUCCGUAGCCUUCCAAUGGGCUGUUUGGACAACUGUCGUUAUCUGCGCCAGUUCAUACAUCGCGAUUUUCUUCAGUCUGCUAUUCGCAUGCAAGCCCAUUGCUGCCAGUUGGGACCCAUUGUUGCGCCCAACUGCGGCGUGCGUCAACCAAGGAGCGAUUUAUAUCGCUACAGCUGUGAUUGGGAUCGUAACGGACGUGAUGCUGAUCUCGAUUCCCAUUCCGACUAUCUGGGGCCUGCAAAUGCCGACGAAACAGAAAAUUGGACUAACUCUUAUGUUCGGUGUCGGAUCAAUCACAAUGGUCACGUCUAUUAUUCGCCUCAUUGUUUUGAUCCCAGCUCUAACAGAUAUGGACCAAACCUGGAUCAUAGCCGUAGGCUCUUUGUGGAUCAUCAUCGAAAGUAACUUGUUCGUCAUAUGCUGUUGCUUACCGACCCUGCGGCGCUUCCUCAAGCACGUCGCACCGCGACUUAUUGGCGAAAGUCGCUCGUCUGAAAACAAAGACUCGUCUGAUCGCAAUCACGGACUGCGGACUUGGGGAAGUGAAAACACAGGCCCGAAGCGCAAGUACGAUACUUUGAUGCGUACAGUAGACGGCACAACGCAAGGGGACGGCGAUGACGAGAUUCCCCUUGCCAGUGUCCCGAACAAAGCAGGCUUUCGCGACCGAGAACGCAAAGUACCGAUCGGAAACGUCGAGAUGAAGGGAGACAAUGAUAGCGAGGAAGCUAUCUUGUACGAGCGGACCGUCCAGGUUACUUAUGACGGCGGCGCAGGAGGCGACCCCGCGAAUCCGUACACACGUCAGGUCUGGGCAGGGGGGCAACAGAGUCCUACAAAUCUCAUGUCUCAGUCUUGCCUAUCCAAAGCUGUCGUUCAUAAACCUCCCAUUCGACCAUCCGUUGACAGGCCAUCUGUGAUCCUCUACGGAGCCAUACAGCCCGAUCCCAGUAAAGACUGGCAGACCCAUCUUGCAGCCUCACUCUCUGACCUCCCCAUCGCUAUCCUGAAUCCACGCCGAGAUGAUUGGGAUAGUAGUUGGGUUGAAGACAUCUCUUUCGCGCCCUUCAAAGAGCAAGUUGAAUGGGAAAUGGACUACGCGCGCGUAGCCGAUGUCAUAGUUUUCUAUUUCGCAGGUGACGCUAAAGCCUUACAGCCCAUCACGCUGCUAGAAUUGGGGCUUUAUGCGGGAACAGGCAAGGCUAUUGUCUGCUGUCCAGAGGGCUUUUGGAAGAGAGGUAACAUACAGAUUGUCUGCGAGAGAUAUGGUGUCGACUUGGUUGAAUCCGUGGGGGAGUUGGGAGAUAAGAUUCCACUUCUAACACACGCAAUCUGCACGCUCCUAAUCUCACGAAAUCUCCCUGAGCGAUCAGUGGUUAUGGCUGGAGAUCUUCGACUCCUCAGCCUCGAUGGAGGAGGCGUACGCGGUUUGGCUUCACUUUAUAUGUUACGGAAGAUAUUGUCCUUGGUUGGCAGUCCGAAGCCUUGCGACUAUUUCGACAUGAUCUGUGGAACGAGCACUGGGGGUUUGAUUGCUAUCAUGCUCGGCCGACUGGAAAUGUCCGUUGAUCAGUGUAUUGAGGCAUAUACCGGUAUGAUGGACGUUAUAUUUGACCCCAAAGACAAGAAAAAGCUGCCAUUCAAGAUUCGUAAUGGCAAAGUUCAGCCUCAGUACAAGACAAAGUACAUGGAGCAGGCGAUCAAGCAGGUGAUGUCCAACGCUGGGUGGACAUCGGAUGACAGAUUCAGAGGGUCGAAGAACUCGAGUUGUAAAACGGUCGUGAUUGCUUUGACGGCAGAAGGCAGAGCUCCGACACGCUUUACAGAUUACGAGAGACCUGGCGAGCAUUCUAACUUCUAUAAUGAAGUCAAGAUCUGGGAAGUAGCUCGUGCUACAUCGGCGGCAACAUCUUUCUUCGCACCGAUGGAAAUCACCCAUGCCGGUGAGCCCAGGCGCUUUCUUGACGCAGGUAUCGGAUCCAACAAUCCUAUCAAUGAAUUGUAUCUGGAAGCAAUGUCGCAAUUCGACAAAUCUGAAGAAGAGUUUGACAAGCAGAUUCGGGUAUUAGUGUCUAUUGGUACCGGCAGGCCAGUAUUGCAUGGAUUCGGUGAGAAGGUUACCGAAGUUGCAAAGAGCAUUGCUUCUAUUGCGACUGAAACUCAGGACACAGCGAAUACGUUUCACCUGACGCACAGAAAACUGGCCAACCGGGGUGGAUACUUCAGGUUUAAUCCUCCCGACCUUUCUGGGGUGGCGAUUGACGAGUCGAGCAAGAAAGGUAUUAUUGCAUCGCGAACUGAUACGUACGGCAACGACGCACUUACCUUGGAGAUGGUAGAGCGCUGGGUGGCUGUGGCCGGAUUUGAGAAAAAACAAGUUAGCUCACCAGCGAUACAACCAGCUCACGUAAAGUCUCCGACAACCAAACUCUUCUAUUCGUUGCACAAGGGGCCUAAGUACAUCAAAGAGUAUGCGCCGUCGUACUGGCAGCAUCUAACGCUCGACUCAUACUACGUAUACGAAAAUAUAUACGACAGGUGCGGGCCCAAAGAUCGAAAAGUCACUUUCAACGCAUUCUUCGAACAAUUUGAUUCUAAUCAGAAACCAUCGCCCAACCACGUCUUCGAGACAUGGACGCGUCUUCUCCGUGACAAGCAAGACGUGCGCAACAGUGUCCAUCGUAAGCCGUUCGUGAUGGCAGCAUUAUACAUGAUCCACAUCGAGUCGAGUCUUGACGUAGCCAAGAUGACAACCAUAGACCCUAAUCGACGCGAAAUGCUCAAGCGGUUUACGAAAUGGGUUCCAUGCCAAUGUGACGCUCGCUGUGGUCGUGAUUGGAAUUUUGUAAAUGAAGUUGGGCUAUCGCGAGGAGGAAUCGGUGGAGAGGAUUGCGAUCUUCUGAAAGUGUUUAAAAGCAGUAACUGGAAGCUGAUGUUCAGGAGCGACAAGGUACGCAAACUGGAGGCUACCAGAAAGAUAUGGGAGGCAGCACUCUGA